AUGCCGCUUAUAAACUCCCACUUGUUCGACAAGGAGACUGUCUCCGGUGACGCGGACGAACUGGAUCUGCAGGCUGUGUACGAGGGCAUGGAGUUCUCGCGCGACAUCUUCGACAACCUAAUUCCGCUUGAUAGGGACUUCAGCAAGACAUGGCCAGGCCGCGAGAAUGUGAGCGGUGAGGCGCAGAUGAAGGAUUUCGUGAAGCAGGAGGCUUGGGGGCAUCAUGCUUGCUGUACGGCGGCGAUUGGGGAGGAUGGGGAUGAGAUGGCGGUGUUGGAUGCGGACUUUCGGGUCCGUGGGGUGGAUGGGUUGAGGGUUGUGGAUGCGAGUGUGUUUCCGACGAUCCCUGGGUUUUAUAUUGUGUUGCCGGUUUAUAUGGUCUCUGAGAAGGCGGCGGAUGUUAUUUUGGCGGAUGCCGGGAGGUGGUGA